GGGGGCGUGGCUGCGCGACGCGGUCGGCUUCGGAGAGCCGUGCUGCUCCAAGCGGGUGUCGCUGACUUGCGCCGGACGGUGGCACUGGGACUCGCCCUCGGAGGGAAGCCGUCCGCACGGCCUGGCUGCACAUCCCUGGACCUUCUUCGCGGGCGCCUCGCGGAGCCGUAGGUGACUGCACCCCUGCCCAGCAUGGCGGCCCUGCCGCCGCCGCCAGACCCCCAGUUUGUCCUCCGAGGCACCCGGUCAGCGGUGCACGCGCUGCAUUUCUGCGGAGGAGCCCAGGGGCAGGGGCGCCCACUCCUCCUCUCAGGGUCCCUGAGUGGGCUGGUGCACAUCUGGAGCCUGCAGACGCGGAGGGCGCUUGCCACCCUGGAUGGCCACGGGGGCCACUGUGUGACCUGGCUGCAGACACUGCCCCAGGGGCACCAGCUCCUCAGUCAGGGCCGGGACCUGAAGCUGUGCCUGUGGGACCUGGCAGAGGGCAGAAAUGCUGUGGUGGACUCCGUGCGCCUGGAGAGCAUCGGCUUCUGCAGGGGCUCCAUCCUGGCUGGGGGCCAUCAGCGAUGGACGCUGGCCGUGCCGGGGAGAGGCAGUGAUGAGGUUCAGAUUCUGGAGAUGCCAUCCAAGACGUCAGUGUGCACCCUGAAGCCGGAGGCAGAUGCCAAGCCGGGCAUGCCCAUGUGCCUGGAGCUGUGGCAGGCCGACUGCAGCCCCCGCCCGCUCCUCCUGGCUGGCUACGAGGACGGGUCAGUGGCCCUGUGGGACGUCUCUGAGCGGAAGGUGUGCAGCCGUGUCGCGUGCCACACAGAGCCUAUCACGGGCCUUGACUUUGACUCCCAGAAGGCCAGGGGCAUCUCAGGCUCCGCGGAGAAGGCGCUGGCUGUCUGGAGCCUGGAUGAGCAGCAGGCCCUGCAGGUAUGCGGAACUCAUGAACUCACCAAUCCUGGCAUCGCCGAUGUCAAGAUCCGGCCAGACCGCAAGAUCUUGGCCACCGCAGGCUGGGACCAUCGCGUCCGUGUGUUUCACUGGCGGACGAUGAAGCCACUGGCCCUGCUGGCCUUCCACAGCGCUACUGUCCACUGUGUGGCCUUUGCCGACGACGGCUUGCUGGCUGCAGGGUCCAGGGAUCAGCGCAUCAGUAUCUGGUCCCUCUACCCACGCGCAUGAGUUGCCCGCUCCUUUGUUGGGACAUGUGGAGGGCAGGGAGGUGGGCGCCCGCGCUUCAGCCAGACCCGGUGUGUGGAAACUGUGUGCGGGGACCCUGAGGGUGGCAAGUCGUGGGUUCUUCUCUUCCAGUUAAGAGAGGAGCCCAGUUUGUGGAGUCCUUGCUUUCUGCACGAGGCUUGUGUUUCCUUUCGUGAAAUAUAGCAUCUGUAUGACUGG